AUGGGCCAUGGCAUUGGCGCUGUUAAAGGUGCUGGCCUACCGCAGUUUGCAACAGCUUUCGCCGAGCAAGGGUACGCAGCAGUCGUGUUCGACUAUCUGCACUGGGGCCAAAGCGACGGUGAACCCAGGGGAGACUUGGUCGUGUCUCGUGAGCUGCAGGAUUUCAAGGAUGUUAUCGCAUGGGUGCGUUUGCAGCCAGAAAGGUUCGACAACCAACGCAUUGUGGCCUGGGGAUCAAGUUUCGGUGGCAUGCAUGUCACUGCGCUAAUGGCGCAGGAUCAUGAUCUGAGAGCCGGUAUCGCGCAGUGUCCUUGUGUUGACGGCACAGCAUCCUCCUUGAUGUUGCCACUUGUCUACUCUCUGCGACUUGGAUUGACGGCAAUGGCAGACGCGAUCGGGAGCCUAUUUGGCGCCAAGCCCAUCUAUGUGAACCUGACCGGUGAUGACACUCCAGGCGCUCCGCUCUCGCUCAUGAGAGGACCAGAAGCUGUGAGCGGGUUCAAAAACAUCGAACCAAUAGAUGGCACUACCCUUUCCAACGCUAUCACGGCGCGCUCCGUACUUCAGGUGUUGGCAAUCCGUCCUGUACGACACAUCCAUAAGAGCACAAAGCCUUACCUUCUUGUACUCCCUACUUGGGAUCAUCAGGCGUCUCUCACUGCGGCUGAGAGGGCAGUGCAAGAGGCACCAUUAGGCGAGGCAUUGAGGGUUGAAGGAGGACAUUUUGACCUGUAUCCAAACGCACCAGCAUACCAGAGAAACCUUGCAGGCCAGCUCCAAUUCUUGAAGAGGGUGUUCAGCUCGGAGUAA